AGCCUAGCUGCCCUGUCAUCCUCUUCAUUUCAGCCCAUCAUCUGCCUCCUCUGUCCCACGCUCGUUGCGCCCAUGGACGAAGCUGCUAUUCACUGUCUUCUUUGGAAGUUUUUUUUGAGGAGUAUGAGCUACUCCAUGGAGUUUCUGCAGUCUAUAUAUAUUAUUAUCGCCCAACGGAACAGCACCAAUGAGCAGGAGGAGGAUGAAGGAGACGCAAUGAAGUCUCUCUUGUGCAAGGAUUUGUUUUUCUUCAAUGCAACUUCCUCCGUCUUAUGCAAGCAGGAGAAGGGGCGCAAGCUUCUGCUGCUCCUUGCAAUUCUUGUAGCCAGCCUAACCUACCAGGCAGGCUUCUGGGACAAGGAGGAUAAGGCAGCAGCAGACAGCUUGUGGCAAGCGUAUGAACAUCCGUACAUGUCUUCCCGGUUAUCAGCGUCAUCAGUACAGCACCGAGGUCGCCGCAUGGAUUUCCAGAUCUACAACGGAACUGCAUUUGGCUCAUCUCUGCUGUUCAUCAUGGAUUUCCAGUACUACAACGGAACUGCCUUGGGCUCAUCUCUGGCGAUCAUUUUCUGGGAAAAGGAGGAUAAGGCAGCAGCAGACAGCUUGCGGCAAGCGCAUGAACAUCCAUACAUGUCUUCCCAGUUAUUUGCGCUUGAGGAAUUCGCUGCCGUCGGCCCCUGGAACGUCUUCAUCUUGCUCUUGGCAGCUCAAGUCUGCAUGGCGCUCCAGGUUCCGGUCAGCGUCAGGGUCGGUUCAGUGUUUCUUGCCAAGACUUGUUUAACUGCACACAAAUUAGGAGCGAGAAGCAAGCGUCUCCUCGUGAUGAUCUCGAGGACGAUCCUGGACAGUCUUGGGAAUGCUAGUACUACUGGAAGACGAUGCAGGCAAGUGUGCACCAAAUUCAUAACCAGCAUAUUAUACUACCGACUUGCAAACAGAUGGAUCAGACGCGGCAGUGGGCAUGAGGCGACCUGGCGCCUCGCUAGCGGCGCCAUGCAUCAUAUGACGGGCAACCAGAGGCUGCUGCGCAGCGGGUCGGUGCGCACGGAGAGCAUCGCCCUCGACGACGUGUGGUACGUCCCCGGGCUGGACUCCAACCUGGUGUCCACCGGCCAGCUCGCCAGGCAGGGCUGCGCCGUCACCCUCGGCCCCGGCGGCUGCCGCAUCACCAGGGCAGGCGUCCUCGUCGGCUCCGCGCGUCUCACCGAGGCGUGCCACUUCCAGCUCGACUUCCUUAAGGUCGCCGACGAUUCCUAGUGAUGCGGUUCGACUUGAUUAGCUACCUACUGCUACUGGGUUGUCCAGGGAGGGCAGCCGUGUGCUUGGUGUAUUUUCAGACUCAGUUCCAGUAAUGUUUGAUGAUGAUGAUGCAGCUUCGAACUAUAUAUAUUUGGAUACAACAUAAUAAACGUGCUCAACUGCUCUAUACGUGGGUGGGAGCUUGUUGUAA